AUUCUUCACUUUUGGAAAAUUCAUUCAUUCUACAUAAAUGUCGCUUUACCUAAACAUUUUGAUGUGUCCUAUAACUGUCUGCAGCGGUCACCAAACAAUGCAGCUCUCGCAUUUAAGACAGCAAGUAUAUAUAGUAAGUAUGAUAUAUACCUUAUGUUUCUAUGCCAAAUCUCACACUGAAAUGCAGCAAUGGCUGUGUUAAAGAAAAAUCCACUUUUUUCUUCUCUAUUUCAUCUCACAUCCAACCACGCUUCUGAAAUUCCGAGGUUUGCUGUCGUGAAUCGUCGCGAGUUGUUGAUGAAAUCAUAUCCUAGAAUUCAACUUCACCGCCGCCCCCUUCUUCGCCUGCCCAUUUCUUGUCCAGGAGAGUUGAUGGAGUGUUUGGUGAAUAAGGAGGAUUUGAGUGAAGAGGAAGCAGAGGGAGCACUUGAUUUCUUGCUCACCAAUGGCAAUGAUGCUUUAAUCAGUGCUUUUCUUGUUCUCCUCAGAGCCAAAGGCGAGACCUUUGAAGAAGUUGUGGGUAUGGCUCGGGCUAUGAUAAAAUGUUGCAAAAAGGUAGAAGGGCUGGAAAAUGCUGUGGACAUAGUGGGGACUGGUAGUGAUGGGGCCAACACAGUUAACAUCUCAACAGGUGCUGCAAUUCUUGCUGCUGCUUGUGGUGCCAAGGUUGCAAAGCAAGGGCAUAGAUCGAGCUCUUCAGCCUGUGGAAGCGCAGAUGUUUUAGAAGCACUAGGUGUCGCCAUUGACAUGGAGCCUAAGGGAGUGAAGACAUGUGUGGAAGAAGUCGGGAUCGGAUUCAUGAUGUCUCCAAACCAUCAUCCUGCAAUGAAGACUUUUGCUCCUGUGAGGAGAAAGCUGGGAGUGAAGACCGUGUUUAACAUCAUGGGUCCGAUGUUAAAUCCAGCCCGUGUUCCUUUCUCUGUGGUCGGGGUCUAUAAAGCAGACAUGGUGAGUAAGAUGGCUAAAGCACUACAAAGAUAUGGGAUGAAAAGAGCACUGGUUGUUCACUGUGAAGGUUUAGAUGAAAUGAGUCCACUAGGGCCUGGAGUGGUGCUUGAUGUUACAGCAGAAAAGAUAGAGAAAUUUAGUUUUGACCCUUUGGACUUGGGCAUUCCUCGUUGCACCUUAAAAGAUCUGAGGGGCGGAGGCCCGGAAUAUAACGCUGAGAUACUAAGGCGCACGCUAGCUGGUGAGAAAGGAGCCGUUGCAGAUGCGCUCUUUGACACAAGUUUUUGUGAACUAUACCUUAUACAACAACAACACUGGCCUCUUUCCCGAAUAUACCUUAAUUAAUAUUCCUCUGUCUGCAUGAACCCAGCUAAGUACUCAUGUUUAUCAGAAGAACAAUUUGAUCGACAAGAUGCUACCUAAAUAUGUUAAACAGCUGCUAAGAAGAGAAUGUUACAGGUCUUAAAUGCAGCAGCUGCAUUAUUGGUCAGUGGGCAUGUCUGUGACCUAGCGGAAGGGAUAGCUCUAGCACGUGAAACACAUCGACUGGGAAAAGCUCUAGACACUCUUGACUGCUGGACUAGUGUCUCAAA